AUGACCGAAAUCGAUAUCAGCCGACGAAACAAGAAGCCGAGACAACUCCAGGAUAGCGAGCGCGCACGACUAGACGAGUUCAUUGACUCCAUUGGUUACUCUGCCAGAUACAGUGAUGUCGAGUACGAGUAUCGCCAUGUGCAGCUGCCCAAGGCCAUGCUCAAAGCCAUUCCUCGCGAUUAUUUCGAUCCCUCCAAAGGCACCUUGAAGCUCCUGUGGGAAGAAGAAUGGAGAGGUCUCGGCAUCACUCAGAGUCUUGGUUGGGAACACUACGAAGUCCAUGAACCCGAGCCGCACAUCCUUCUCUUCAAGCGCCCGCUUGGCUAUCAGCCGCCUCAACAGUGA